CAGAGAGCGGUGCAUGACGGGAGCAGGCAACGGGGAUUGUGGGAAAUGUAGUCUGGCGACGCCGCCCUGCUCGCCAUUCCUGUAAUGGCUGCUUUCUGGUCAGGGGUACCACGGGUAACCUCUUAGCCUCGGGAACCGGAGCUCCAAAGGGGGACUGUUUGCACACUGGAUAGAGUUUUACCUCCACCCUUGUUCGGGGAAGUGCAGGCCUCGAGAGCCCAACAUGAUGAAUUCAGUUCCAACACAGUUGAUCUUAGUCCUUACCUCGAUGCUUCUGCUGGUGGUGCCUGGUGUUGAAGCAGUAGAAGCUGGAGAUGCAAUUGCGCUCUUAUUAGGUGUGGUUCUCAGCAUCACGGGCAUUUGUGCUUGCUUGGGGAUAUACGCAAGAAAGCGAAACGGACAGAUUUGACUCUGAAGGACUGCAGAACUAGACUUCACCCUGACCACACUGAAAACCAUUGUGCUAUUGAGGCCAGACCCAAGGUUUGAUCUCUCCUGUUCCCAGCAAGAAGAGGAUGGUUUCACACUCUUAGGGGUUUCUCAUAAGAUGGGAGUAGAGGGGGUGGGGUGAGAGUGGGGGCUCUUUACAACAAAGAGUGCAUUAAUAACAUGGCCUGUAAUUUGUAAUUGCUGCUUAGGAAGGGGGUCAAAGAGGGCUUACAUUUGCCUAAGUAUUAUUUCGUACUUUCUAAAUUGUUAAAGCUUGUGGAAUUGGAAGAAGGAAGUAUUUGCUAAGAAUCCAGUAAAUCAACAUUGUUGCUGUAUGAAUCACUGCCUCUUGAAUUCUGGGGGAAUCUUUUUUUCCAUGUUUUUUGUUGGUGUUCUGUUUUGUCUCCCUAGUUGAUAAUUGUACUUAGAUAUAGCCAAAAACUGAAACUUGUGUGUCUGAAAAAAAGUUUAACUAAUGUGUACUCAACAUAUCUAAUACUAAAAUGGAGGAAAUAUUUGUUUAAAAAAACAACUUUAUAUUAAUGGAGUAUCAUCUCCUUUGUGAGAAGUACUGUAUCAAAUACAUGUCCAUUAUGCCAUGAA